AUGGCAGGUGUGACAAGAGUGACCCUUCCGGUUCCAGCAUUUAAUGUAAUAAAUGGUGGGAAACAUGCGGGCAACAAACUGCCUAUGCAGGAAUUCAUGAUCCUUCCAGUUGGGGCCAAGUCUUUCGCGGAGGCCUUGCGAAUGGGUGCAGAGACCUUUCACCAUCUGAAGAACAUAAUUCGUCGAAAGUAUGGCAUUGAUGCUUGCAACGUAGGUGAUGAAGGCGGUUUCGCACCCAAUGUCAGUGGAGCCCACGAAGCUCUGGAUUUGCUCACCGAGGCCAUAACUACGGCGAACUAUUGUGGUAAAAUAGUCAUUGGAAUGGACGUCGCGGCCUCGGAAUUGUACGAGAAUGGAAAGUACAAUUUGGGCUUCAAAGAAUCCAAACGAGAUCCAAGUGAUAACAUCACAGCAGAAAGGCUGAUGGCUUUAUAUAAUGAACUUCUUGCCAAGUAUCCCAUCGUCAGCAUUGAAGAUCCCUUCGAUCAGGAUGAUUGGGAACCCUGGAUUGUUGGAGACGAUCUGACAGUGACCAACGUUGAGCGGGUGCAGAAGGCCAUUGAUAUUGGCGCUUGCAACUGUUUGCUGCUAAAAGUGAACCAAAUUGGCACUUUCACGGAGGCUUUGGCCGCUACAAAGCUGGCACGAUCGAGAGGCUGGAAUGUCAUGGUUUCCCAUCGUUCUGGUGAGACUGAGGACUCCACUAUUGCAGAUAUUGUUGUCGGUCUUAAUGUGGGACAGAUCAAAACUGGGGCUCCGUGUCGUUCUGAGCGCCUAGCCAAGUAUAACCAACUGCUAAGAAUAGAGGAGGAACUUGGCAGUCAUGCUGUAUUCGCUGGCGAAAGCUUUAAACACAUUUUAAACCCUAUCAAAUAA